UUUUAUAGGCUUAUUUAUUUUUUAAUAAUUGUUUCCUUUCUUUUUUUUUUUUAUAUACUAUAAUAACCUUUUUUAAAUAAUUAAUAUAAAUUAUUUAUUUGUACACUAAUUUCAAAUAUACAAAGAUGUCAAGCGGUCAAUCAGAUAUGGAUAUUGCUCUUACUUCAAAGAGAAUUAACAUGGCUUUAGAUGAAUUCAUCAAAGAAAACAAAAAAGACAACAGAAGACCACAAAGAAAUAACAGAGGUGGUAAUACAAGAGUUAGCAGAGCCGAUAAUCGUAAUCAUAACAAUAAUAACAGAGGUGGUAAUGCAGGUAAUGUACCGUGCACAAAUAAUACUAGACCAACCACUGCUAUUAAUCCAGAGAAAAUUAAAAUUCAAAUCCAAAAUACUAAAGUUUCUGCAAGAAAGCCAGCCAUUGGUGGAUUAACUCGUCCAAAAACAAGAAUUGGUGGUGCACCAAGAAUUAACCUUACCAGAACCGCUAGACCAUCUGGUGUUGCCAGAGGCGGAGUUAGAUCCACAACUUCAACCACUACCAAAAAACCAAAUAGAAUUGUUCAACGUUAUGAAAAGGCUGUUACUUUAAAUGAUAGAUUCAGCAAAAAAUAAAUCCAUUCCAAAUACCACGCUCCCAUUUUUAAAAUACCUGUAUAAAAAAAGAAAAGAAAAAAAAAAAAGAAACUCUUUAAUUAUUUUAAAUAAAAAAACCUUUUUUUUUUAAUUUAUUAAUUAU